UUUAUUUAUGAGUGAUAUAAACAUGAAGCAGGAACUUGUGUAAACUCGGUGCAGCUUUGCGAAAUACUUUGCUCAAUUACAUUAAUACAUCGAUAAAUAUGGCAGGUUUUAUGCCAGCAUUCAACGCGGGAUCUGCGGCUAUUCCAGCAACAAAAGUGGAAUUAUCUAUAUCAUGCAGGAAUCUGGUAGACAUGGACGUAUUUUCAAAAUCGGAUCCAAUGGUUGUGCUGUAUAUAAAAGAGUUUGGAUCACAGACGUUUAAGGAGGUUGGUCGGACUGAGACGAUAAACGACAACUUGAACCCUGAUUUUGCGAAGAAGUUCAUUGUGGAUUAUUUCUUUGAAGAAUCCCAAAAGCUGAAAUUCGAAGUAUAUGAUGUGGACAGUGCAAGUAGAAACUUGCGUGAGCAUGAUUUCCUCGGAUCGUUGGAGUGCACGCUGGCGCAGGUUGUCACAGAGGCAGUGCUGAGGAAGCCGCUACAGGGUCCGAUGAAAAACAGCGGCGCCAUCAUUGCAGUGUCAUCUGAGGAGGUAUCCACCUGCAAGGAGGAGGUAACGCUGCGAUUCAACGCAAAGAAACUCGACAAGAAAGAUUUCUUCGGAAAGUCUGAUCCUUUUCUUUCCUUCCACAAGGCAAUGGAGGAUGGCAGUUGAACUGUACUAUAGCUAUCGACUUUACAGCGUCGAACGGAAACCCACUGACUCCGACCUCGCUGCACUACAUCGCCCCCUACUCCCCGAACCAGUACACGCAAGCUCUCGCGAGCGUGGGGGAAAUCAUUAAGGACUAUGACAG